AUGGAUAUUCCACAAAUUAAAUCAUACGAAGAGCAAGCUAUAGAUACUGUUGUAUCUGUUUUAAACAGGGCGAAAGAAUCUCUUGGUGUGAGGCAGACACUUAAACAACUAGCCACCAGUCGCGAUUACCUUACCCCACCAGGGAAGGUAAUUUUAACAUCCCUCCGCUGCCCUCUAGCGGUGACAAGCGAAAACCUCAUUAUAAACACGAUACAAAAGAAAUGGCAUCUCACAGACACAUUCAUGUACGUACUACAUUACAUGGGCUCUUCGAAAGAUGAGUGUUCCCAGUACUAUUAUUUUGAGGCUGUCUUCAGUCAACCAACAGCUUCUUAUCCAAUACCACAAGCGACGGCGACCGUCUACUUCAGGGUUGAAGAUAAACAUGUUGAGCCUCCAGAGGUCAAAGGAGUACCAACGAUGACAUUCAGAUUGGAAGGCCAUCGUACGGACCACGAUGUACGACAUGUACUCUUGAUACCUGAUUGGAUCCUUGCCAUCAUGCAGAUGAAGAUCAAAUUCUUCCAGAGAUUGGAGGAAAUGACACUAUUCUAA